AUGAAGACCGCCGCUCUCAUUGCCGCUCUGACUGCCGCUGGCCUGGUCCCCGCGGCCCCGUUGUUGCAGAACCAGCCCUCCAACAAUAUGCCCACCAACGACAACGCCCAGAUGAACUCCCACUCGUCCAACAACAUUGCCCAGCCCGUGGCCAACUUCAACAACCAUCGCCGCGGUUAUGGCGUUCCUCAGGGACAGGGCCUGCCCAGCAACAACAUGCCCAGCAACAACAAUGCCCAGACGAACACCAACCAGGAGAACAACAUCGCCAUGCCGGUCGCCAACUUCAACAACCACAAGCGUGGCUACGGCGAAGGCUAUGGCCAGCCCACCAACAAUAUGCCCACCUCUGAUAACUCUCAGAUGAACAGCGCUUCGAGCAACAACAUUGCUCAGCCGGUGUUCAACGCGGACAACCACAAGCGCAGCUACGGUGUCCCGCAAGGCGAGGGCUACGGCCAGCCCACCAACAACAUGCCCACCUCUGACAACGCUCAGACCAACAGCAACUCGGCCAACAACAUUGCCAUGCCCGUCGCCAACUUCAACAACCACAAGCGCGGCUACGGUGCCCCUGAGGGCCAGGGCGGCAUCCUCAACAACUUGCCCACCAGCAACAAUGCCCAGACAAACUCCAACUCGGCCAACAACAUCGCUCAGCCGGUGUUCAACGCCAACAACCACAAGCGCGGCUACGGUUUCCCUCAGGGCCAGGACGGGCCUAUCAACAACUCGCCCACCUCGAACAACGCCCAGACCAACAGCAACUCGGCCAACAACAUCGCCAUGCCCGUUGCCAACCUCAACAACCACAAGCGCGGCUACGGUGCCCCCUACGGCCAGGGCUACGACCAGCCCACUAACAACAUGCCCACCUCCAACACCGCCCAGACGAACACCAACCAGGAGAACAACAUCGCCAUGCCCGUGGCCAAUGCCAACAACCACAAGCGCGGCUACGGUGUCCCCUACGGCCAGGGCUACGACCAGCCCACUAACAACAUGCCCACCUCCAACAACGCGCAGACCAACACCAACCAGGAGAACAACAUCGCCAUGCCGGUAGCCAACGCCAACAACCACAAGCGCGAUGCUCCCGCGUCCAACAACAUGCCCACCUCCGAUAACGCCCAGACCAACUCCCACUUGGCCAACAACAUCGCCCAACCCGUGGCCAGCUUCAACAACCAAAAGCGCAACGGUGGAUACCCCGCCCAGGGUCAGCCUCAGCAGCAGCCCCAGCAGCAGCAGCCCCAGCAGCCCCAGCAACAGCAGCCCCAGCAGCAGCAGCCCUACGGCUCCCCUGACUACGGCUACGGCGGCUACGGCUACCCCAGCCAGGGCUACCCCAGCCAGGGCCCGACCAACAACAUGCCCUCGUCCUCCAACAGCCAGUACACCAGCAGCUCGACCAACAACAUCGCCAUGCCCGUCGCCAACAUCAACAACCACAAGCGCAGCGAUGGUGCCCCCGUCAACAACUCCCCCGUCAACACCCACCAGUCGACCACCGUCAACGAGUCCAACAACGUCGCCGCCCCCGUCACCAACAUCACCAACGACGGCAAGGAGCACACUGUCGUUCGUCCCGUCGUCCCCGAGCAUGACCGCUCCGACUCCUCCUACCACUCCGAGAAGCACACCUACUACGAUGGCAAUGUGCGCGAGCCCCAGCACCAGGUCGCUGAGCCCAAGCACGAGAAGAUCGAGGCCGAGGCCGAGGCCAAGAUCGAGAAGAACUAA